CUUGAAGCCAUUCAUAAUGAAAAUUUUAUACAUCGAGACUUUCAUAGUGGAAAUAUAUUAUUUGAUUCCAAUGAUACUUAUAAAAAUGGUAAAUGGAAAACCGGAGACCUAGGAUUAUCACAAGCUGUAAAUAAUAAUAGAUUAUCAAAUAAUGAAAUAUAUGGAGUAAUACCCUAUAUUGCACCAGAAAUCUUCAAAGGAUCUAAAUUUACUAAAGAAGCUGAUAUUUAUAGUUUUGGUAUGAUUAUGUGGGAACUUACAACAGGUUGUAAACCUUUUAAUAAUAUUAAACAUGAUCAUAGUCUUAUUUAUAAAAUUCUUGAUGGUGAACGCCCUAAAAUUACGGAAGAUACUCCAGAAUGUUAUGCUAAUUUAAUGAAAAGUUGUUGGGACCCUGAUCCAAAGAAAAGGCCUUCUAUAAAAGAAAUU